UGUUCCCAAAAUGCCAAAAGUACCCAAGAAAAUAAGUCGUGAAGAGAUGAUUAAAAACCUCGAAAAAGCUCGAACCAAGCACGCCAAACAUUUCAGUUCGGAUUUUGAAGUUCCAGAGAUUGUUGAUGGGAACGUGAGGGCCAAGUGUUUGUAUUGCAAGAUAUACUUGGUUGCGACUGGAUUCAAUUUAAGUCGGCAUGUUUGCCUAAAGAAAAAGCUGUUUCCCCCCAUCAAACAAUUGCAAGGUCCUAACCCCCCCGAAACACAGCCAACCAUCGACGAGGUUCUAGAGGAAAAUCGGCAACUGCGUGCCCAAUUGGAAGUUAUCCCCGUGCUCCAAGACGAAAUUCGGAAACUGCACGAAAUUGCAGCGGUAACUGACCAAGUUCAUCUGGCAGACGACGUUGAUGGUCUUUUGCCACUUGAAGCCAAACAUCCUCCGUGCCAGGCCAUAUCCGACUCCCAGAGUGAAAAAGUUCCAUGAUCGAUUCAAUUACCUGAUUAAUAAUUAAUUCGUUGUAAUAAUAAUAAUAUUGUUCAGUGUUUUCUGUAGAGAUACAUGAAUUACUGAAUGUAAGCCACACAACAACAAUGAAUAAGGCUGAUUAUUAUUACGUCUUCAUAUUAAUAUUAAGCUAACCUGGUCGGCAAAGUUCUUUGAUAAGCGACUGGUCAGCC